AUGCCAUCACCGUCUUCAAUACAAUUCUACUUUUCAUCCUCGCCAUCAAAGAACAGUGAUGGCUUUACUGCAGGGGAAAUGCAGUCCGCUCUUGCCCCGGCAGCAGUAGACACAGCAGGUAUAUGGAUACCCACAUUGGACUACGAAGAAGCCGAUAUAGGCUCUCUCAAACUUGGUCCAUGUAACCUCGCUCUCAUGGGCCGUAUAGUGAAUUUCAACGACCAAAUGAGACCUAGCAAGUCACACAAAGCUGCCCAAGGAUGCAUCAAAGUCAUGAUUGCAGACGACACAGGGGUACUCACUGUACGCCUCUGGUAUGCCGAACUUCGAUACAAGCUGAAGCUUGGCCAGCUCGUUGGCAUAUGGACAGUGCACAUUUCCAACUCGUCUGAAUUCAACGCACUGGCACCCAGUACGGCACCACUGUUCACGAGUAUGUUUCCUGAAGGGGAGAGAAACUGCCAUUUUGCGGUAUACGAGGGUAGUGAUGAUGGAACCAGAUUCAAGAGGCCGUAUGGCGUGACAGAGAGUAGGGCACUGGCUGGGCUGAUGACGUUGAAAAGCUUCAUGGAUGGCGGGUAUGAUGUUGACGAACCCAAGCUGCUUGUCUGUGUGAGGAGCAUUGGAGCAAAAAAGAAGUACAUGAACCGCAACGGCACAACUUCCGAGCUCAUCUCCCUGGGCAUCUUUGACGACACAGCUGAUGGCCUCCUGACUCUGUACUCCUCCAUGUGCGACUCAGCAUCGCUCUUCACACCUUUCAAGACCAUCCUACUCAUUUCAAACCCCGGCUGGCGCAUCGACAAAAUGGCCAAACUUACAAUCACAAGUGGUUCGCGAGUCGACAUCGACCCGGACAUGGGCGACGCCCGGCGCCUCCGAGCAAUGGCACAACGCCUCACAAAGCGGGAACACGUGAACCCUCCCUUCACCAUUCCCCAAACCGCAAUCCAAGAUUUUGAGAACGCAGCUAUAAAGGCACUUUACACGCUUGCCGACGUCGACACCGUCGCCCGCUCACUAUCUAAUUCCAGUAGAAAGGAAAGAAUAGUCGGCUACCUCAGCGUCCUCAUCACAGGCCUCAACAUCGUCACGCCCUUCAAGCGCAACAUGCUCAUGAGCAACGAGUGCUGCGGUAUUCCGCUCUUCGCCAAUAGUGUGAAUAUGAAAUGUAAGCACUGUGAGAAUGUAGUUACUCUACGUAUCAAUCCUAGAAUCCUCGGUCCCAUACUAGACGAAACAGGCCAGAUCGGCUCGGGCAAACUCAUCCUCUCAGACGAUGCAUGGUGCCAGCUCCUCGGCCGCACGCCCCACCAGCUCGUCGAGACGGAUCUUGACGUCCUCGUGUAUCUAGAGCAGCGCUUGCUGUUUCUCCGCUUGACCAUGGGGUUCGUGCUAGAUUUGGAGGAUGAGAUUGCGAGAUUGGCCAUUUGGUGUGUUAGGAAUUAA